AUGGAGUCGCCUAUAUCAUCGAAUGAGGGUAACCCACAAGUCCCUAGCCAAAUGCGGCAGCCAAAGAAAAGAUUCGUCGGACGACGAACAGCAGAUGCUCAAGCCCAGAAGGACAACACCAGCCAGAAGGAUGUCGAGUCCACAGCGGUACAAACAGCCGCUCCCCGACGCACUCCCCGCACUCUCAACCAAGUGCCGCCAGAAAUACUGAACGAUCCCGAUAUCCAAGAAGCAAUGGAGCUUCUUCCCAAGAACUACUCAUUUGAGAUCCCCAAGACAAUCCACCGAAUCCGCACAUCUGGAGCCAAACGAGUAGCCCUCCAGUUCCCCGAAGGACUUCUCAUCUUCGCGACCACCAUCUCCGACAUCCUGACCCAAUUCUGCCCUGGAAUUGAAACCCUGAUUAUGGGCGACGUAACCUACGGUGCCUGCUGCAUCGACGACUACACAGCCCGAGCUCUUGGGUGCGAUUUGCUAGUACACUACGCCCACAGCUGCCUAAUUCCGGUAGACGUAACGAAGAUCAAAACUCUCUACAUCUUCGUCGACAUCAGCAUCGACACCAGCCACCUCAUCGCAACCCUCGAGCGCAACUUCAAACCAGGCCAAUCCAUCGCAACAGUCGGCACAAUUCAAUUUAACGCAACACUGCACGGGCUGAAACCAGUUCUCGAGCGCGCCGGCUUCCGUGUCAUAAUCCCACAAAUCACCCCGCUAUCCAAAGGCGAGAUCCUGGGCUGCACAUCCCCACAAUUAUCCGAUACCGAAAUCGACGCAAUCCUCUACCUCGGUGACGGCCGCUUCCACCUCGAAUCAGCCAUGAUCCAUAACCCCUCCAUCCCAGCCUACCGGUAUGACCCAUACUCACGGACGCUGACCCGCGAGGGCUACGAGCACGAGGAGAUGCACACGAUCCGCCGGGACGCGAUUGCAACAGCCAAGACGGCGCGCAAAUGGGGUAUUAUUCUCGGCUCGCUCGGUCGACAGGGCAACCCACACACAAUGGCGAUGAUUGAACGACACCUGCGCGAGCGUGGGAUCCCAAUUGUCAACCUUCUGCUGAGUGAGAUUUUCCCCGGGAAGCUGGCGUCUAUGGCGGAUGUGGAGUGUUGGGUGCAGAUUGCUUGUCCGCGCCUUAGUAUUGAUUGGGGGUAUGCGUUCGCGCGGCCAUUGUUGACGCCGUAUGAGGCGCUUGUUGCGCUCGGGGUGCGGGAGAGCUGGGAUACGGCGAAUAAGGGCGUGUAUCCGAUGGAUUUCUAUGCGAAGGAGGGUCUUGGUCGGACAAGGCCGGGGCAGGCUGCUUGA